AUGAGUACCCGAGCAUUAAGAAGGCUUCAAAAAAACAGCUUAGAGCAAAGUUUGGCGAAUUUAGGCCCAAACGAACCUGAAAACCAAGCUCGCGAUGAUGACCAGCAGCAAAAUGUCAAAUCGGUCAACAUGUUUGCCCUGAUGGGAGACGACAAUGAUGAGGAUGAAGAAUCAGAGAUUGAGCAUGCAAGCUCAAAUGAAGAGCAGCAAGAAUCUGAGCCUGUUGUGAUGAAUAAACCGGCUACUUUAAAAAUUGCAACAAAGUCGCAAAAGAAGAAGAACAAGAAGCAGAAAAACAAGAAGGUCGAAAAGACCAGAUCCGGUACACCGGAGAACGAUAGCAUUACUUCUCCUGGUGAUAGUGACGAAGACUUAGACCGCAUUCUAGAGCAAUAUCGAAAAAAGGAUUCUGAACGUGAGAAAAACUUGAGCGGCCUAAAGGUUGAGCAUUCUGAUGAUUCUGAGGGUUAUGAUACCGCUAACGAAAACGAAGACGACGACAAUGAAAGUUGCCAGAAUAUAAAUACUACCAUGGAUCCUGGCUUUACCAAAUUUACUGCAUUCUCAGAGUUGGAAAGUAUUUUCGGGCUAAUAGAAAUGAAAAAACUGAAUCCAGACAACGAAUACAGGUUGCUAUUUGGUGACCUAUCACCCGAUUCGUUGGCUGAUGUCGAUUCUAUGACGUCUACUCAUGUUUCUCCACAAGUGAUGAAACAAAUCGACAAACUACGGCGCAUGGUGAAAAAUUGGGGCGGAAGAGAUCGCAAAACCGUUCCCAACGGUUCCACAACCAGACGUCUUGCUUUCACCAAAAUAAGAGAUGAUUGGAUCCCCACCACUCGCGGAGAUUUUGCAGUUACACAACUAGCUCUUCACGAGGUGAAAGAGUGGUUUUUAUGGCAACGGCCUCAGGACUGGGCUGAGGAAAUUGAUAGCUCGGUAAACAAGCUGUUGAAAGCAGGCGUGUGCUUUUAUAAGUUUGACCCUGUCAACGUGGAAGCCACUCGGAAGGCCAUGACCGAGUUUUACAUGAGCGUUGUAUUGCAUCCGGACCACGAAGCGCUGAUAGGACUCAUAUCAUCCAAAUUUCCGUACCAUGUCCCAGCUCUUCUACAAGUAGCCCUUAUUUUGGUAAGACAGGGCGAUAAGACAAACGGUAAUGGGCUUGUUGAGAGGGCCCUAUUCGUUUUUGAUCGCGCUCUGAGGUCACAUAUUGUCUUUAAUGGGACUUCAUGUCAAUUACCGUACAUUUACUUUUUCAACCGGCAAUUCUACUUUGCUAUUUUCCGGUACAUACAGAUCCUUUCCCAGAGAGGGGCAAGUGGCACUGCUGCAGAAUGGUGCAAAGUACUUUGGUCUCUUUCCCCGGUAGAAGAUCCUCUUGGUUGCAGGUACUUCAUGGAUCAUUAUUUGCUGAUGAACAAAGACUACGAGUUCAUGGUAAAACUCUCAAAGUCACCUUUGAUUAAUAAUUACAACGAUUGGUACACACUCGGGAUGGGUCUCGGAUUUGUACUUUCCUAUUUGAAACUUGGACUCAAAGAUGCCGCAAGGUCAGAAUUAAGGAAAGUAUAUGCCCAUCAUCCAUGGGCUUUACACAGUAUCUUCGAAACGGAAGGUUUAGGAAGCGAGUCGACCCCAAUGGGAUUAGAAAUUCCAUUGCCAAGACCAGGAUUAACGAUCGAGCUGAAAGCUUAUUUAAUCAGGAUGAAAGCAGUUUGGGGCGGGGCAGAGCUCAAUUUCUUGCGAGAUGAAUUAUUAACUAUUUUUGGAGACCAUAAAUCUGGUAUUUUGUCCUUGGUUCCUGAGAGCCUUUGGAGUCCGCAGCCACCCUUUUUCAUACAGUCGAUACCGGUAAAUUUAUUGCGCUUUGCCGUCUUAUCUCAAGAAUCAUCGCUCAUGGCAUGUAUUCCCGAAGAUAUAUGGUCAGAAAGAGAUGUGUACGAGUUUGAUGUCCUGCCUCCACAGCCACAUGAUAGAAAGACAGAAGAUGUUAUAGAAACUAUCAACAGUUUUGUCAGUGAUGACGAUCUAGCUAUGACGAGGCUGGAAAUGAUGCAAGACGAAAGUUUGCUGAAUCAAAUGACCCAAAUGUCACUUGAACAAUUUCUUCAGGAGAAUCCCAAUGCCGGCGCUGAUGAAUAA